GCUGCAGACAGGAGCGCUCGCUGAGCGGCCGCUCGGUGCGUCCCGUGCCCCGCACGCCGGCACCCGGCGCGGCUCGCUGCUAGCAUGGGCGCGGCGGCCGUGCGUUGGCACUUGUGCGUGCUGCUCGCCCUGGGAGCGCACGGGCGGAUGGUGGGGGGCAGCGGGCUCCCAGGAGCCGUGGACGUGGAUGAGUGCUCGGAGGGCACAGAUGACUGUCACAUAGAUGCCAUCUGCCAGAACACACCCAAGUCUUACAAAUGUCUCUGCAAGCCAGGCUACAAGGGGGAAGGGAGGCAGUGUGAAGACAUCGACGAGUGUGAGAAUGACUACUACAACGGGGGCUGCGUCCAUGACUGCAUUAACAUCCCUGGGAACUACAGGUGCACCUGUUUUGAUGGCUUCAUGCUGGCUCACGAUGGACACAACUGCCUGGAUGUGGAUGAGUGUCAAGACAACAAUGGUGGCUGCCAGCAGAUCUGUGUCAAUGCCAUGGGCAGCUAUGAGUGUCAGUGCCACAGUGGCUUUUUUCUCAGUGACAACCAACACACCUGCAUACACCGCUCCAAUGAGGGGAUGAACUGCAUGAACAAAGACCAUGGCUGUGCCCACAUCUGCCGGGAGACGCCCAAAGGUGGGGUAGCCUGUGACUGCAGGCCCGGCUUUGACCUUGCCCAAAACCAGAAGGACUGCACACUAACCUGUAACUAUGGAAAUGGAGGCUGUCAGCACAGCUGUGAGGACACAGACACAGGCCCCAUGUGUGGCUGCCACCAGAAGUACGCCCUACACUCGGAUGGUCGGACGUGCAUUGAGAAGGAUGAGGCUGCAAUUGAGCGCUCUCAGUUCAAUGCCACGUCAGUAGCUGAUGUGGACAAGCGGGUGAAACGGCGGCUCCUCAUGGAGACAUGUGCAGUGAACAAUGGAGGCUGUGACCGGACAUGCAAAGACACGGCCACUGGUGUGCGGUGCAGCUGCCCAGUUGGAUUCACGCUGCAGCCGGAUGGAAAGACAUGCAAAGACAUCAACGAGUGCUUGAUGAACAACGGAGGCUGCGACCACUUCUGCCGAAACACGGUGGGCAGCUUUGAAUGCGGCUGCCAAAAGGGCCACAAGCUACUGACGGAUGAGCGGACAUGCCAAGACAUCGACGAGUGUUCCUUUGAGAGGACCUGCGACCACAUUUGCAUCAAUUCCCCUGGCAGCUUCCAGUGCCUGUGUCACCGCGGCUAUAUACUCUACGGGACAACCCACUGCGGAGACAUGGACGAGUGCAGCGUGAACAAGGGCAGCUGUGAGCAGGGCUGUGUCAACACCAAGGGCAGCUACGAGUGUGUCUGCCCACCCGGAAGGAGGCUGCACUGGAAUCGGAAGGACUGUGUGGAGAUGAGCGGGUGCCUGUCUCGGUCCAAGGCCUCUGCCCAGGCUCAGCUGUCCUGUGGCAAGGUGGGUGGAGUGGAGAACUGCUUCCUGUCCUGCCUGGGCCACAGUCUCUUCAUGCCAGACUCAGAAAGCAGCUACGUCCUAAGCUGUGGUGUUCCAGGUCUCCAGGGCAAGACUCCACCGAAACGCAAUGGCACCAGCUCGGGUGCAGGGCCCAGCUGCUCAGAUGCCCCCACCACCCCCAUCAGGCAGAAGGCCCGCUUCAAGAUCAGAGAUGCCAAGUGCCAUCUCCGGCCCCGCAGCCAGGAGCGAGCAAAGGACACCCUGAGGCACCCCCUUCUGGAUAACUGCCACGUGACUUUUGUGACCCUCAAGUGUGACUCCUCCAAGAAGAGACGCCGAGGCCGCAAGUCCCCAUCCAAGGAGGUGUCCCAUAUCACAGCAGAGUUUGAAGUGGAGAUGAAGAUGGAUGAGGCCUCAGACACCUGUGAAGCAGACUGCACACGGAAGCGUGCCGAGCAGAGCCUGCAGGCGGCCAUCAAGACCCUGCGGAAGUCCAUCAGCCGGCACCAGUUCUACGUCCAGGUCUCGGGCACUGAGUAUGAAGUGGCCCAGCGGCCAGCCAAGACACUGGAGGGGACAGGGAAAUGUGGCGUAGGCCAAAUACUACAGGAUGGCAAGUGUGUGUCCUGUGCGCCUGGCACCUACUUCAAUGGCGAGCUGGGCCAGUGUGCGCCGUGUGUGUCAGGAACCUACCAGGACAUGGAGGGCCAGCUCAGCUGCACGCCAUGCCCCAGCAGUGAAGGGCUGGGUCUGGCUGGUGCCCGCAAUGUAUCUGAAUGUGGAGGCCAGUGCUCUCCAGGCUACUACUCGGUGGAUGGUUUCAAGCCUUGCCAGGCCUGCCCUGUGGGGACAUACCAGCCUGAGCCGGGACGUACCGGCUGCUUCCCCUGUGGAGGUGGGCUGCUCACCAAGAACACCGGGGCUGCCUCUUUCCAGGACUGUGAGGCCAAAGUGCACUGCUCUCCUGGCCACCACUACAACACCACCACCCACCGGUGCAUCCGCUGUCCUGUGGGCACCUAUCAACCUGAAUUUGGCCAGAACCACUGCAUCACCUGUCCGGGCAACACCAGCACCGAUUUUGAUGGGUCCACCAAUGUCACACACUGCAAAAACCAGCACUGUGGUGGCGAGCUCGGUGACUACACAGGCUAUAUCGAGUCACCCAACUACCCUGGAGACUACCCAGCCAAUGCCGAGUGUGUGUGGCACAUCGCGCCUCCCCCCAAGCGCAGGAUCCUCAUUGUGGUCCCCGAGAUCUUCCUACCCAUCGAGGACGAAUGUGGUGAUGUCCUGGUCAUGAGGAAGAGUGCCUCACCCACGUCAGUCACCACCUAUGAGACCUGCCAGACCUACGAGCGGCCCAUCGCCUUUACCUCCCGCUCCCGAAAACUCUGGAUCCAGUUCAAGUCCAACGAAGCCAACAGUGGCAAAGGGUUUCAAGUGCCCUACGUCACCUAUGACGAGGACUACCAGCAGCUAAUAGAAGACAUCGUGCGCGAUGGGCGCUUGUAUGCCUCGGAGAACCAUCAGGAGAUUUUGAAAGACAAGAAGCUGAUCAAGGCCCUCUUCGACGUGUUGGCACACCCACAAAACUACUUCAAAUACACAGCUCAGGAGUCCAAGGAGAUGUUCCCUCGGUCCUUUAUCAAACUGCUACGUUCCAAAGUGUCCCGAUUCCUACGGCCCUACAAAUAGCCAGCCAGCUGUCCUGCUUGGGGAUAGUGGGAACCAGCGGGGAGGGGAGUGUGCCUUCCCUCUAUAGCAGGAGCUGAAAGGGGGCCCCAUGGGCCUCCAGGUUGCCUUGGGAAAGCCAUGACACCUGCCUGUGGCAAAGCCAUCCAGCCUGUACUAAUUGGUGGAAGGCCUAAACCCAGCCCAGACCCCUUGGGUGGGUCUGCCACUCCUGUGUGGAAACACUGCUUUAGAACGCCUUCCCCCACCCUUUGCCUCGAUUUCCCGGGACACCCAGAGCAUUCUCUCCUGAACCAGCCCAGCGGGCCUACCUGGGCCAGGACACGCUGUACCCACCAUGUGGGGAACAGGACUACUGUGUCCUUGGCCUGAUGUGUUGGGAGAGAAGAGUGUGGCCAACUCCCUGCAGGCUCUGGAAAGCCUGGGCCAUUGUCACCCACACAGGGCCAAGCCAGGCCAGGAGGGGCGUGUGGAGGUGCCAUCUGAGGGGGGUUGAUAAGCUCAUGCCAGCGUCUGUGGGACCACCACACCCUGCCAACUCCUCCAGCCACGGGCACAGGACACCAAGCCAGAUCAUGGGGCUCAAGAGACUCUCUGAGAGAUAGAAAGGUCCUCCAGGAGAGGAAUCCAUGAGCUUGCGCUUCGCCUUAAUAGAACACCUAAUGAGGUUCUAUAUAUAUUAUAUAAAUAUUAAAUAUAUAUAUACUUCUCCGCGUGGGCAGGUGCUUUAGAAGGGUUCUCUUCAGCAGCUGUAAUGUCAACCACUGUUGCUGGCCUCCCCCAGCGAUUGAAUGGCACCUCCCACCACAUGCCACGUCUGUGUGGGGGUGGUCAAGUGUCCACUCCCCCUGGCCUGGGGAGGAGAACACAGACAUCCUUGAACAUGCUGUGGAAUGUGGCCUUAGUGGUGACGCACUGACUGGCGGUGGGGGAGGCUUUACAACCAACAUCACUGCCCUCAACAGAACACAGUGGAAAGCAGUCGCCGCCUCCCUUCCAUUGGGUACUGACUCUGCCCUGUGCCUGCAAGUCACCAGAAACAAGGCCUUCCUCAGGGAUUUGCAGGCUGUGCUCAGAGAGCAGGCCCCCACUCUCUACUACAACAGCAGGAGAAAGCAAGGCCCAGAGAGAGGAGGCCUCCCUGAUGCUUCUCAAGUCUCUUAAAGAGAGGAGCCCCUGUGUGGCUGGGCUGAAAGGCAUCCCACUGGUUGGGAAGCCACCCCCUCAGGCAGAGACCCUGCCCAGGCCUCAGACUGCUCGCUGCCAGCUACACAUAGACACUGGUCUGUAUUUUUCAAAUUAACAGAUGUUAUAACAUGGAGGAACAUGGGGGAAUCUCAAAAUGAACUCCAAGGUUUCCUGGUGCCUGUCCUACCCUGAUCACAUAAGUGAGCUGUUUCGGAAAACACAUGUGGCUCAUUGAAGAUUGGAGGUGUGUGGGCAGGGGAGCCAGACCUGGAGAACCACAGCUCAAUGACAAGACACAACAAACGCAUCUGAACUCCCUUGGAACUCAGGGACGAGGUACUGUCACCACACGGGUCGACAAAGCAGAAGAGAUCACCAGCGGCCAUCACUCUCUUGUGGAGAGCGGCAGAUGGACGGACUUUGUGCACUUGGUGGUAGGUCAGGGUUGGGGCCUACUGCCUUUCUGCAGUUCACAACCCCUGCAGCCCAGCUGUACCAGGGAGAAGCUUCCUGUCUUUCUGUUGGGUCACUGGUCAUCCCCAGAGGGACCAACAUCCCCCGGAAUGAACCCAGCAACACUCACCCUCUCCAGGAAAAGGAAGCAAACAAGGACACACAUGGAGGCUCACUAGGAGGGAAUUAUGGAAAACAGCUCAGAGAAUGAUGGCACCCAAGAAGUUCUUCAAGCUGUCAUCUGCAAACUGGAGAGGCAGGACAGCUGGCAGUGUUCAUACCAGAGAUGCCGGGAACUGGUGUCUGAGCCAGGAGCACUGUGUUGGUUGGCUGUCCGAUAAAUUUGCCCUCCCUCCACUGAAAGAUGCCCCCAACUUAGGUGAGGAGGGGGCUUUUCUUAAGCUCCUGAUUCAUACACUAAUCUUUUCCAGGGUACCACCAUCAUUGCCCUGACAUGCCGUAAGAAACAUUUGGGGGCUCAGCCCUGCCCAGUUAAGUUGACAUAUCAAAUUAACCAAACCACUUAAGGGCUUCAGGUUUAGUUUUUAACCUUCUCAAAAACCAGAAAACAGAGUUCUCAGGUUCUCCUAAGGCCUGCCUAUAACUCUUGAGUGAAUUUUGGCAGUUGCCACCUCUAUGUCCAUCAAUACACCCAAAUAUCUCCUCUCUCCAGAGUGCCCCCCCCACUGUGGCCAUAUGUCCAGUGUCCCCUGAGUUGGAACACGUACAGUGCAGGCCAGGUCCCUCAUUCUCAUGAUCAAGCCCUUUUGUAGCUCUCAUUCUCCCCUAAAAAAAAUUGGCCCCCAAAGCCCUGGCACCUGGCAAAGGCGGAGAGGACUUGUAUGUCUCCAGCUUCAUUUGUGCUUGGUCUUGCUCCUGGUAGAGCUUCACAGCUGGGGCAACCUGGUGACCUCUAUGGAGGUGUGUGAAAAACCAAGUUGUCCCUGGGUUCCAGGAGAUGGCCACCAUGUGAGACCUGGAAUUGAGGGCACCCCAGUAGGACAACCCAAAAGCCUUCCUGGCUUAUAUUCCUGGUACCUCCCAGCACUUAGCUUGGCAGUACCCAAGGAAGGAAAGCAAUCUGCCCUGAGGGUCACUGGUCAGCCCAGCCCUCCACUCGUGGGCAACAACAGUGGGGUAUGUCCUCUCCCACUCAGAAAAGGCAUUUUAGUUGUCCCAGUCAUUUGUAUUGGUUACAGAGCCUCGGGGCUGUGGCUACAACACCCUUCUCUCCCUGGCUCCUUCCCUAACUCUCAUGCAGCACAAUCAGGGGGCACCUGUGGUCCCCAAUGGCAUCACACUGGCUACUGGUGGUGACUACUUUCCCAGAUUUUGGUUCCCUCAGGGCAGUCUUUCCUAGCUCCUUCCUGAAUGGUCGGUUGAAUGGUCACAGAUACUCAGGGGCCAGCCCAAGAUGGAGACCUUUCCCCUCCUGACAUUUUUUAGUUUGGACACACAGAUGACAUAGAACCAAAAUACAAGCCCCAAAUCCUGGUUCAAGAGCUUUACUAGGGAGCCUGCUCACCCACCUCUGCCUUCUAAAACAGGAGGCCCUGACUGGUCGGGCUUGGGAUGGACCCUAAAUAUGGAAGCUGAAUGUCUUCCACAGCCACCCCCCAUUCCACCCCUCAGCACAAAAGCAAGGACCUAAAAUGAGUUGGGUCAUUCAGCAAACAUUUACUGGGUACCUACUGUGUGCCAGACUUCUAGAAGGACUGACUGGGGAACAAUAUGAACACAAACAAGCACCUAUCAGGACAGCAGCCCUGCCCCAUGCCUGCUCAGCUGCUCCACUGCCUGGAGGCCAGGAGGACCAGUGCUUUCUUCUUGCCCUGGGACUAGCCUGGAAAGUGGGACUGGCCUGGCAAGUGCUGUACAGCUUUGCUUCACCAAAGAUGCAGAGUGGUAGCUCAACCCUCCCGCUCAAGCAGGCAGCACCCAGCUGAUGCCACUCAGACUGAGAGCGAAAACGACUGUCAAACACAGAAGCAUCACAGAUAGCUCCUCUCCAGGGCACAGCAGCACUGAGUGGGCUUCACCCUACUCGACCUGUCAGAACCUCUGUCAAGGUACCGGGUUUGGGGGAGGGGGGGCUCUUCGGGGCCUGGGCAAUGUGGCAUAGCCUGUGCUCUCCCCCAACACCCAGUUUAGACAGCUCCCAACAUGGGUCUUUUGCUGGCUGCGGUCUCCCUAGCCUGCACCCAGCCAUGCCACACAAAGUCCUGGAUGGAAGCUCUGAAAUCUGCACUCCUGUGACUCACCAGGAAGCCACCGAGGCCAGGCAAAUUCACAGCCCUUUAGUCUCGAGCCAGCUGGACCCUCUCUGCCCAGGGCCCCCAUCCCUGUACCGAGAGAGACCAAGUAAAGUCCCCUAAAUGAAGAGUGAGGCGCUAGGAGAGUUAAUGACUCUGGUGACAUCCCUUCCCUCUGUACACACACUCAGAGAAAGGACGGACUUGGCUUCUCUUGGGUAGCAGUCAGUCUCCUCGACAUCCAAACAUGAACUCUCACUGCCACCUACAAUGCUUGCAUUGACCCAGAGGCCCUGGGCCUGCACACGAAAGAGGCCCGGUGCAUGUCAGCACAAACGAGGAAGCAACCAGGCUCUCAAAUAGAUCUGUCAGAAACCACAGGCUUUGCCGAGGUCAGAGACAUGUGCACCCAGAAGCCAUCCACACUGCUCUAGAGAAUGCACUCUAUGACCCAGCCUUUGCCCUGGCCUCCAAACAUAGGCACUGGGUGGCAGUCCUAGGACACACUGACCAGUAUCCAUGUAACCACAUUUGCCUUCCAGCUGCCUCAGAUAUUCCAAGCUUUUCUCUACCAUGUUCCCCCCUAUGCAUGUAAUUAAACACUUGUGGGAAUCACUUUAAUAAUAAACAGGAAAUGAGCCUAA